UGAUGCUGCGCUCUUCUUCUUCCACCGCCGACAAUCACCCGUUGAAAUGCAGCGAUGUGGCAGCGCCGCCGGGCCAGGUGGCAAUUCUGCGCCGUGGUGUGCACACACUGGCCGCCACUGCUGGUCGGCUCUUCUUCUUGCCACUGCUGCAAUUAUAUAUCGCUGUUCCGUCGUCUCCGCCGAUCCAACUCCGCGCUAAAAAUCGCUUUAAAACCGCACACUCGCAGCUCAACGGCCCGCGAUUAAUCCGUAAAUAUUGCAAUUGCACGAUUGUUCAGCCCGAGCAAAAACAUAAAUUCCAAACACUAUUUUAAUCAGCUGAACAUGGAAAACCGUGAAUAAUGCCGCAAUUGCUCAGUUCAAAAUUUGAAAAUCCACCAGUGCUCUUAAUAGCUUCAAAAGCAAGUGAAGAAAUUUAGAAUAAAACGAGUGAUAGCCAACAAGAAACAGCGAGAAACGCCAAGGAAAGUCGAGAAAAGUCUAGAAAAGUGUAGAGAAGUCUAGAAAAGUGCCUGAAACCAAAUGUGUUUGUACCGAAGUUAAGUCCCUUCGAUCCGCCCAAAUCGGCUUUAAUUCCCCUCAAAUCCCCCCACUUCCGCCCAAUAAUUCAACGAGAAAAACGAGCACAUGAGUUGGAUUAAUCGGAGUCAACUGGAAUAGGCCGAAGCACCCGGAGCACAGCUGCGUAUACUAUGGAAAAGGCGAAGGCGUACAUCAAAAAUGAACUUCGCGGUGGCAGCCAGCAAUCCGAGCCAGCAACCACGCCGAACCCGCCCUCUCCGGCCUCGGCGCCUGGGACACUCCAAGCCACCAAGCAGCCCUAUCCGCCCAUGGAGCUGAUGCCCUCGCCGGGAGCAGCCGCCCAUCGGAACACCCGGACGCCGGGCGAGCAGUACCACUUUGGCUAUCAGCCGCAUCCCGCCCAGCAUUACCAUACGGGCGCCAAGUCGACGGGCAGAGCCUCGGCGCCGCCCGAUAACCAUCAUGUGGCCAUGACCAUAUGUUUUGUGUGCGGCGGACAUGGCAGCUUUGAGCCGCAGCCCCUGCGGAUUCGCCACAAUGCCGAGCGUCCUUCGGAGUCGUAUUUCCCAUUUCUGGAGCGCCAUGAACCGCCGAACGGCGUGGCUGGCGUGGCACCGGGCCAGGAGUACGUGUGGGCCUGCAUGCUCUGCUUUCGUUCCCUGAACGAGCAGUGGGAUGCCUACGAGCGGCAGAAGAAGCCACUGCUGCAGCGCAUCUACCACAUGAAGCGGGUGGACGGCAAGGGCUACAUAGGUGCCGAUGUGGCCACACAGAGCGAGUAUGCCGCUCAGGUGCUCGGUCUGAGUGCCGAGCAUCUCACCCAGAAUGGCCUGGUGGAGGGGCAUGGAGAUCCCUACGCCCUGGCACGCCACUAUUCGCCGCAGCAGCCGUCACACCACCACCACAAUCACAGUACCUCCAGGAAUGCCUCACCCUCGCCAAAUCCCAGUGCUGCCGGUGGUGGUGGUGCUGGUGCCGCUGGUGGUGCUGGUGGUGGUGGUGGGGAGUUCUAUCCCAGGAAUUCGACGCCGUCGAGCAACCACAACAGAUACCUGAGCAGGCCGCAAUCGCGGGACAUGCCCGUGGCCUCGCCCAUAUCGCGACCGCCCAGCGAACCGCCGGCCAUGAAAUCCGCCGGCUAUGCGCAGCAGAAGUUCAAGCUGAGCCCGGCCCCGCCCACUGGCUACCAAGGACAGGCGCCCUAUCAUCCCGCCCAGUACCAGCAGCUGCAGCAGCAGACGGCUGCCUAUCACUUGCUGCAGCAGCAGGUGAACGCCGCCGGCGGAGCAGCGGAGUCGGCCCACUACAAGGGCAAUCCCUAUGGUGCCUUGCCCUCACCUGGCAGCGGUCCACUGGGUCCACGUGCUCCGUCUGCGCUCGAAGAUGACAAUGCCACCGUGCUGGAUCUGCGCAACUCGUCCAAUUCCAGUGCUCCGCCAGCACCGCGGCAUGCUGGCAGCACUGCAUCCGUCGCCCAGCCAAGUCAGCCGCAGGCGGAGGUGGGCAUCCUGGACCUGUCCAUGCCGGACAAGAACUCCAUCACCGAGGUGUGCUACGUGUGCGGCGAUGAGCAGCGCCGUGGCAGCCUCAUCGAGCUGAGCACAGUGAAGCCCCGCGAAACGGGCAGACCCGGACCCUCCGUGCCCUACUUUCCCCUCUUCAACGAGCAGCAUCCGCGCCCAGCACGUUCGCGCCCCAAGGAUCCGCGCGGCAUGAUCCAGGCCUGUCUGCCCUGCUACGAGGACCUCAUGCAGCAGUGGCAUGUCCACCAGGCAUCUCACAAACCGGAGUCGGAGCGAUCCUAUCAGCUGCGAAAACGCUCCACGCCCGCGGCCGAAAGAACCACUUUCGUUUGCUACACCUGUGGCACGGACACGCCCUCCUCGCAACUGCGCCUCGUCUACUGCUGUCCAAAUGCCGAACGGGAGCCCUAUUAUCCAUUCAUCAAGACCAUGAAGGUGUACAAAAACGCUAGUCCAAUUAGCCCGCAAGGCAUGGUCCAGGUCUGCUCCGCCUGCAACGAGAAGCACUCCGGCUUGGCGGAAGGCGGUCCACCUCCAGCUACGUCCAGCACCCACUCCGCACUGGGUGCAGGUUCGCCCAGUGCUGGCCACUCGCUGGAAUCGAACUCGGCCAUGUACAGCACCAGUGGAGCGAUAACCGGCAAUAGUGGGGCUCAGUUCGGGGGUCGUAACUCGCCAUCCGAGAAAUCGCUGGCCAACUCGGACUCCAUGAGUAAUGUGCGAUUUAGGCCCUACGAGACGAACUCGAACAAUUCGAACUCAAACACGGCACGCGACCUCAAACAAAUUCGUCGCAGCGAUUCGCGUCCCAAUUCGCCGAGUUCCAGCCAAGGAGCCAUCGAAAAUGGACACGGCCAGUAUCCUUGCUCCAUUUGCAAAGUGCUGUGCCCCUCAAACAAAAUGGAUUGGCUGUCCACCAGUGCCGAGCACAUGAACUCCCACGCCAUGCACUUUCCCUGUCUCAAGGCCAACGCCGUCACCAACAACAACAAUAAUAAUAAUACCAAUAACAACAAUAAUAAUAAUAACAACAACAACGAACUUAACAGCAAUCGCGUGCUAGCCUGCAAGGACUGCAAGGAUUACUUGGCCAGCCAGUGGGAGACCAUGGAUGCAGAACGCGUUCCCCUGGAGCACAGAAGAUACAACAUUCCUUCCCCCAUGCUGACCUCCAGUUCACCAAACGGAUCUCGUCACGGCGCCAUGAGUAUCAACACUCCGCCCUCCACACCAUCCAUAUCCUCCUCGACGCCUGCCAGCACCUCCAUCUACUGCUAUCUCUGCGGGCUGCACUCGGACCUCACGCUAGCCAGAGUGCUCUAUGCCAGUAAAGAGGGUUCGCGUCCGUAUUUCCCACUGUUGCUCAAACACAAUUCACUUCCCAAUGCGGAGCAGUUAAGAAACAAUUCUGCGUUGGUUUGCACCUUUUGUUACCAUUCCAUGUUGAAUCAAUGGCGAAAGUAUGAGGCUCAAAGUCCCAGCGUGAACCCAGCGGAUCGUAAAUACAAUUGGCACGACUACAACUGUCACCUGUGCGGCAUUACGACUUACCGGAAAAGAGUCCGGGCGUUACCCGUCAACGAGUUUCCCUUUGUGAAGCACCAGAAGAGCGAUGACGGCCUGCUGCUGGAAAACGGGGAAUACGCGGUCGUCUGCCUAGAUUGCUACGAGAGCUUAAGACAACAAGCCUCGCAGCACGAUCGCUUCGGAGUGCCCAUAUCCAGGCGGGCCUACAACUGGGUGCCCCAACCGCCUCCGCCGGAGGACAGUCCCGAGUCCGCAGUGGCCCGCUUGCCCUGCGGCGAGCGCACCGAUCGCAUUCACAUCAACAAUGCCUUGAGGCCCGUGCCAGGAAAGAAGACCACAUCGCCCAAGCAGUACGACAAGUCAAAAGAAGUGCCACCAAAGGCUGGACAGAAGCGGCCAGCCACCAGCCCGGCACCGCACAUUCCCGUGCCGCACCACCUGCAAACACCUCCUGGCGGAGGCGGCGGCGGCUUGCCGGGAUCUUCGGUGGCCAACAGUCCGGUUCCAUCGUCCGCCGGCGGCAACCCCCUGCUGAACCACGCCCUGCCCAGCAAUCACAUUGGCACCCCGUCACCGCAGCAGCAUCAGCACCAGCAGCAUCAACAGCAGCAGCAGCAGCAACAACAUCAAGCUCAACAACAGGCCCAACAGCAGGCGGUGGCGGCUGCAGUGCAGCAGCAGCUGGCAGCCGGAGUGGGCUUGCCACCAGGAGCUAUCGGUGCCGCAUCGGCCAGUAGUCGGGGCUCCUUUGCCGCCGCCCUGCGAACGCUGGCCAAGCAAGCGGACAUCAAGGAGGAGGACGUCGGUGGAGACAGGAGUGUGCCAACUUCGGGAGCCGGUGGACCACCACCGUCGUCAGCUGGCCCAGGAGCGCUGAAUUCGGUGGCCGGCCGUGUGGGAUCCGAGCGACCUGGCGAGGAUCGAGUGUCCAGCAACAAGAAGCGUUCACCUCCAUCGCCUCAGCCGCCGGAGAAGAUCGCCCGUCUGAGUCACGCACCACAAACGGCAUCGCUGCAACCGGAACUCUUGGCCAGGAGCGGAUUCCAGCCGUACAGAUCGGACGAGCGACUGAUGCAUCCGGCGGGUGCCUUUCCGCUGGAGGCCUACUCCCACUUUGCCGGACUGCCGGGUAUUCCGCCAGCUUUUCUGAAUCCCGCUGGUCUACCGUAUACGGAGCAGCUCUACCUGGAGCACAGAUACCAACUGUUUCGUGCCGCCGGCGCACAUCCCUCACAUCCGCAUGCGGCCGCACUGUAUCCCCAAAUGGCCUCGCCGUACUCCCACCUAUACUCGAUGAUGCCCGGAGCAGCGUUGGGUAUCUCGCCAGCGAUGCACGACCGGAUGAAGCUGGAGGAGGAGCACCGGGCGCGACUGGCGAGGGAGGAGGAACGCGAACGAGAGAUUCAGCGCGAGAAAGAGCGUGAGCUGCGGGAGCAGCGCGAGAAGGAGCAGCGGGAAAAGGAGCAACGGGAGAAGGAGCAGCGCGAACGGGAGCAGCGUGAGAAGGAGCAGCGCGAGAAGGAGGCACGGGAACGGAAGCUGCGGGACGAGGAGCGAGAGCGCGAGCGGGAGCGACAGCAACUGUUGACUGCCUCGCACCAUUACUCGAACCAGUUGUACUCCCCACUGAACCGAAAUCUAUUGGGUUCCAUGAUUCCACAUCUCAAUAUGAGUUUACGAGGACCCCCAGGUGCACUUCAUGGCCUUCCCGGAAUGUCGCACUACCAUGCAGCGGCAGCGAAUGCCCAGCGGCAGAGUCCCCACGGAGCCAUGGGUCUUAAUCUUGGCAUGGCUGGGCUCCCAGGCGUUCCCCAACUGGGUGGUCACGGGCCCAAUCUGCAGCACCACCUGCAGCAGGCGGCCAUGGGAUUGGCUCAUCCGGGCGCUGCUGGCCUCACGCAUCCCGGCUUCUCAGCCGCUGCCCUUGGACUCGGCGCACAUCCGCACAGUCUGAACCUCAGCCAUCCGCAUAUGUCGCCCCACCAUCCCGCCUCGCUGGCCCACCAAUUGCCACCGCAUACCUCUUCAGCCGGCGGAGGAGGGCUGAGCAACUCCAUACCCGUCACAGCCAGCUCCAGUUUGUCUGCGUCCUCACCACACACCAGCCUAAACCUGACAUCAUCUGUGAAGCUUAGCGCUGAUCAGGUACCCACAUCGACGCCCAGCGGUGUUGUCAGCGGCAGUGGAAUGCCUCCCACUACCUCUAGUUCCCACAUUCCCAACAUGGGCCACUAUUACCACCACGGGCACUUGGCGGCCAUGCAUGCGGCUGCAGCGGCGGCCAGCGGAAUGACUCCCACAGCUGCUCACCAGCAACAGCCCCUGUCGCUGCCCAGCUCACCCAAAAUCACGCCACCGAUCACUCCAUCAUCCUCGGCCAACGGAGGCCGAGCGGGCGGCAGUCCGCAUGCAAUGAGGCAUCAUAUAGCUGCAGCUGUGGCGGCUGCAGCCCAACAAUCGGCGAUGAUAGACAAGGCAGCCACGCCGGUGACCCAUGAGCCCACCACCUUGGAUUUGACUGGGUCAAAUUCGAAUUCGAGCAACCAGGCGCCAUCUAACGCCAGCAGUGGCCAGCCGACAAACCACGAAGUAAAUGGCGCCGAAUCCAACGGAGCAUCGCAGACAGAAAGCAAGGAGCACUUGGCAAUCAAAGAGGAUGGCCACAAAAGCUCUCCGCCGCCGGUGGCGCUUGAAAAGAAACCAGCCACACCGAAUGCAGCCGCAGACAAACCCAUCCAUCCGGACAGCUCACCGGAAAACUCUUCCCGGCGCAGUGCCAGUCCACAGUCGGACGCAAACAACUCGCUGCCGGCGGUCAAUGCUGCCGCCGCAGCAUCAGGUAAAUGCAAAGAGGAGACCCCAAAGAUUCUAGACUCGGACACGACUGCCACCACCCAGAUAGACAUAGGGGAGGAGAAACAGCGGGUCAGGCUAUCGGUAUCGCCCACACCGACACCGACUCCUCCAAAGACCAUGGUCGCCUCACCAGACACAGUGUCUACCUCCGGCGGGGUGACCUCCACAACCAGUGGCACCACCCCGCCGCCGGUGGUCAGCAGCAGCACCAGCAGUGCCAGCAAAGUGCCGGCCCUGACCAGCGACGAGGUGUCCACCAGUGCCGCCACGUCCGCUGCCGAGCCCACCAGAUGAUGAAUGGUCCCCUGGCGGGAGUGGGUCGUUUAGCGAAGCGUAUGCUCGCUUAGAUUUAAGUUUUGAAAGUCGCAUCGGAUCGGAACUAGUUAACAUCUACCUUCAGUAACAUAAUACUAAGCGUAAAUUUAGUUGUUAGUCGAGCAUCUUAAUUUAUACAAGAAAUUGUAAUGUAUUGCCAGCGCCGCUUAGAUCCAAUUCUAAACGUUUUAAUCCUUAGUUAUUAUUAUUAUUAUUUCCCUAUUUAAAUGUGAAGCGUAUACUUUUAGAAAUGGCCUGAAUAAAUCAUUUUUGUUUACAAUUA